AUGUAUAAUUAUUACGACUAUAUUUAUGACUUCACAAAAGCAAUGGAUUCAAGAAAUGAAAGAUAUUUUGCGUUUACAUUCAUGGCUCGACUCACACACGACAACAUCAAUAGCGCCGACCACGGAAUAAGGUUUGGAAAGAUUAGGGAAACUCUUUCGGGAAAACUUGAAGAAAGGAUGCCUUUUAUGCAUAUUUAUGUUCCCAACAAAAUGCGAAAUAAUUUUCUGGAUAUGAAUCAAAACCGAUUGACCACUCCUUUUGAUAUUCACGCAACACUUAGACAUAUAAUAACGGGUAAACACGACACCACUCUUAAGUAUGGGAAGUCAUUGUUACAGGAAAUACCUGAAGAGAGGAGUUGUCAAAGUAUACCCGUAUUAGAGCACUGGUGUUCGUGUCAAUCCAGUCAAGCUGUUCAAGACUUGCAUCAAAUUAAACCCAUUUCACUCUUCAUUGUCGAUCAUAUCAACCAAAUAUUAGCGAAAGAUUUUAGUGAUAAAUGUGUUGAACUCACUCUCGACCGUACUAUCAGUGCAUUUGAACAACACUUAAGCGAAAAGCAUUUUUUGGUCACUAUUGCCGUCAAACCGAGUAAUGCUUUAUUCGAGGCAACAGUCAAUAUGAAUACCGAGACUAAAAAUAUGGUUAUUGUGGGCGAUGUCUCCAGAAUUAAUAAAUACGGCAAUCAAUCGCCUGUAUUGGCAUCUGAGGCCAGAGCUAGAAAUCUGCCCAAUGGUUAUCAUGGCUCAUUAUUACGAUCGGAUGAAUUAAAUCAUUAUUUGCCGGAGGGAAGAGUCAGUAUAUAUAUAGUGACGUGGAAUAUGAACAGUAAUAACGGACCGCCAGAUCUAAACCCGAUAGCAUUGCCGGAAAGUGUAGUGUUUGUGGCGGACGUGUUGGUGUUUGGCAUCCAAGAGGCGCCUCAGGGCAACGCUAUUAAGGAGUGGGAAAUCGAUUUGCAAAAGACAAUCGGACCCUCGCAUCUGCUCUAUCACUCGACCACUCACGGAGCCCUUCAUCUCUGUAUUUUUGUCAAGAGAUUUCAGAAGAGUAAGUUUUUGAUAUGGUAUUUGUCGAUACCAGAGGACGAGACAUAUAACAGCCGCAGUCCGUGCGCUAUACCUAUGCUGAAGACAAAGGGGGCAAUUGGAGUGUCGUUUCGCAUAUUUGGCACUUCAUUCCUAUUCAUAAACUCUCACUUUCCGGCCCACGAAAGCCAAUGUGAGCGCAGAGUUGAAGAAUACGAGAAGAUUAUUACGAGUAUUAAUUUACCCAAAGAUUAUUCUCUACUCAAAAGCCGAUACAUAACGAGUGAUGUUUCGGGACGUUUCGAUUGUGUCUUUUGGUUCGGAGACCUCAACUUCAGACUCGAUUCAAAGCGUGAAGACGUUUGCCAUUACUUGUCAUCUGUAGAGUGCGAUGAGAUGUACGACAAUCUGCUUGAAUUCGAUCAAUUGACUCAAUCUAUGGCCAAAUCGACACUCUUUAGGGGCUUCGCAGAGGCGUCUCAAGUGAUGUUCGCUCCGACCUAUAAGUUUGAGCUCAAUUCAGAUCAAUACGAGACUGUAUUGAAAAGAGUUCCCUCUUUUACCGAUCGUAUACUCUAUAGAACUAAACGUUUGGGACAUAUAAUUAAUUACCAGUACAAAAGUGUGCCAACAUUUCAAACAUCUGAUCACAAGCCUGUAUUCGCUCUGUUUGAGGCUCAGAUAAGACAUGGCAGAGAUGACAUACCCCUCAAUCUUGGAUUAUUUAAUAGAGAGGUGUACAUUGAAGGUCUGAGGCGACGAGCAGUAGAAGCCGGACGCAAAAUGUGCGAAAAUCACGAUUGUGUGGUCGCAUAA